GCAAGUUUCUGGUUUCUAGGCCUAAACUGCGUCUGCAAUUUUGCUACUCUGACGAUGAAAUCUGGGAUUACCACAGUAUACCAUUGAUUUGCAGUCGGUGUUUCGCAGCAACUUUGGAAAGAAGAUGAUAAUUGAGAAUGUGGAAGCUCUGAAGUCGUGGCUGGCUAAACUCUUGGAGCCAAUAUGUGAUGCAGACCCCUCAGCACUGGCCAACUAUGUUGUCGCUUUAGUGAAGAAGGACAAGCCGGAGAGGGACCUUAAAGCACUCUGCGCUGAUCAGUUGGAUGUGUUUCUUCAAAAAGAAACAACUGGUUUCGUAGAUAAGCUCUUUGAAUGUUUAACAACUAAAAACUACUUGGCAAGUACGGAACUGCCUGCAAAAGAGCUCCUAAAAUUGGAUACCAAGCCUUCUGCACCAAAACUUGAAGAGAAAGAAGAGCCUGUAAAUGCCGAGGAGGACCGAGAUGGCCGCCGAAGACGGAGUCCAUUAAGAAAUCGAUCGGACCUUAACGAAUCAAGGGCUCGUGAUGACCGCAGAAGGGAUGACCGCAAAAGGCGUGAUGGUGACCGCUAUGGGAAGGGUGGCGAGUCUUACAGGGACCGCCAUGACAGGCGGGCAGGAAACGCUCGAGGACGUAGCUACAGCUGCAGUAGGAGCCGCAGCCGCAGUGGGAGCAGAGGCAAGAACGGGGACAAGGAGCACAGCCGGGGCAAGGGUCAGUGGCGCCGGGGCAAGGAGCACAGGUCCAAGUUUGAGCAGGAGAGGAAGGAACAGGAAAGCUACAUUCCCACCACUCUGGCUCCCUGCGGCACCCUGCAGCCGCAGCAGCAACAGCCCCCUCCGCCCCUGCUCCCUAUGCUGUCGCCUCACCACACUCUGUCUUCUGGGGCUGCUGCCACCACCCCCAGCUCCGUUACCGUGGUUGCGCCAGCACACCUGCCCGACAGCACCACAGAGAGCUGGUCCAACUAUUUCUCGAGCCACACCGACGGGAAGACGUUCGGCAAGGGCUUGGCACCAAAACGCCGCUGUCGCGACUACGACGAGAAAGGCUUCUGUGUACGUGGUGACCUGUGUCCUUUCGAUCAUGGCAAUGAUCCAUUGAUAGUAGACGACGUUACCCUGCCCACCAUGAUCCCGUUCCCACCACCACCUGGCAUGCCACCCCCUCGCCUUCCCAUGCCCCCUAUGACGGAGCCACCCCCCAGCAUCAGAAUGCCCAUGCCCCCACAUGGACAGCCUCCUCUACCAAGCCUUUUCCCCAUGCCAGGACCACCAUUAAUCCCAACAAGUGCAGUAGAUACUCGUGAUCACUCUGGAACGUGUUUGAAUUCUACUCUGGCACCACCGGGAGUAGGACCACCUCCUAUACCACCUCAUCCUCAGUAUACAAUGUCGGAAUAUAACUAUGACCAGGAGGCGUAUAACCCCGAGGCUCCAGCCAUAACCACCUCAGGCCGCUCCCACUAUCGCCAGUUCAUCCCUCGCAUCCAGACUCAGAGGCCCAACCUCAUCGGACUCACUUCUGGGGACAUGGACAUCCAGAGUUCGCGCGCUGCCAACAUCGUGAUUCAGACGGAGCCAUCUGUGUCAGCUGUCACCACCCAUACCUCAAGAUACGUUGGUGAGCAGGAGAGUGGGAAGAGGCCAGCAGGCACCACAGAGGGCCCUCCAAUGAAGAAACCCUGGAUGGAGAAGCAAAACUUCAAUAAUCAGCAUAAGCCCGGAUUUCAGAAGAAGAAUCACUAUGCCAACACUAAACUUGAAGUCCGCAGAAUCCCCCGUGAACUGAACAACAUCACAAAGUUGAAUGAGCACUUCAGCAAGUUUGGCACUAUUGUGAACAUUCAGGUUGUCUUUGGUGGCGAUCCCGAAGCAGCACUGAUCCAGUACACAGCCAAUGAAGAGGCUCGACGGGCCAUUUCCAGCACCGAGGCUGUACUCAACAACCGCUUCAUCAGGGUGUACUGGCACCGGGAGAGUAGUGAACAGCAGCAGGCUCCAGGCCAGGGUCUGAGUGGCCCACCAGGGCCGCAGCAUUCAGGCACCCAUAAGGCCAUCAACAAGCAGCACAGUACUGGCCCUUAUGUGCUCUACAAGAUGACAGCCAAACAUCCCCUCGGGGGAGUGGCAGGGGGCAAAACAGAUUCACUGCAGCCUGCUUCAGAGGCCCCGCUGGCUACAUCUACUGCAAACCUUCAAAAAGGAGCCUACAGUUUGCCGGCCGUAAAAGUGCCUGCCAAAACCGUAGCGAAGGCAGCUAAAGCGCUUGAAGCACAUGAAGCCUUGAAGAAAAAGCAGGAAGCACUAAAAUUACAGCAGGACAUGAGGAAGAAAAAGCAGGAGAUGGUUGAGAAGCAGAUAGAAUGCCAGAAGGUGCUCAUAAACCGCCUGGAGAAAAACAAAAACAUGAAGCCAGAGGAGAGGGCCGAAAUCAUGAAGACACUGAAGGAGCUCACUGAUAGAAUCUCUCAGCUGAAAGAUGAGAUGAAGCCAGUGUCCAACUCGACAGCCAAAUCUGUCCAGCCCAAGACUAAGACAGAUGCCCAAAAGGAACUUCUAGAUGCAGAACUUGAUUUCCAUAAAAAGCUGAGCUCUGGAGAAGACACAACAGACCUGAAGAAGAGGCUUAGUCAGCUCCAAGUGGAGGCUGCCCGUUUGGGGCUUAUCCCACCUGGAAGAGGCAAAGUGGCUCUUUCCCGGGGGCGGGGCAGAGGACAGGGCAGAAGUGCGAGGGGCCGUGGAGGGGGCAAUCACAUGGUGGUUGAUCACCGUCCCAAAGCUCUUGCAAUUCACGGAGUGACCAAAGAAGAAAAGGAUGAGCUGAUGUCUCACUUUGUGAAAUUUGGGGAGAUUGAAGAACUCCAUGAUCACGAUACCGCCAGUGUUGUUUUGACAUUCAAGACUCGAGGUGAUGCAGAGAAUGCUGCAAACCAAGGUGCCAAGUUCAAAGGUCGCACUCUUCAAAUGUCAUGGUACAAACAGAAAACUCCAUCUGUAUCCACUGAACCAGAAGAGGAAGAAUCCAAGGAAGAGGAGUCUGAGAGCUCUCUCCUUCCUCCAGAAGAAGAGGAGGAAGAUGAUGAUGAGGAAGAUGAGGAUGAGAGCCGUUCGUGGAGAAGAUGAAUAGAUUCUUAGACAACCUUUUUUGUGAAAAGGACUGUUCAUUAUUUUUAAUUAAAAUGUACCUCUAUUUAACAAGGUGGAAAUCACUUUUUUAAAGUUUCAAGUUUUUUGAGACUGAAUUCAUGUAGGAGAAUUAUCUAGGAAAGGAUAUGCAUACAGUAAUACUAGUAACGGGAAUAUGAGGAAGAAAGGACUAUAUUCAGUCCAUAACACGCAAACAGUUUAACUUUGUACUAAAUAAUUCUAAAUAUCACCUCAUGUUCUUAGUUUUUGCUGAGAUUAAAUACAUCACUUUUCUAAAUGUUUUGAUUUAAGUGUGAACCCACUUGUGCUUUACUGGUUUUAGUUUCACUUAGGUUGAAUAGAAGACCGAUUCCCUUUUAUAAUUCAGCAGAUGGUUUUACUUUUGUUUAAUGUUCUGGCACAGUUAUAUUUUUUUUUAACAAAAAUUCAAAUGUAUGUAACAUACUAAAAAUAGAUGCUUGUCACCUGUAAAAACAACAAAUUAUUAUUCUGAGAAGUUGCUCCUUUGCCCUUUGCUUAUGGUUUUCAUUGUAAAUGGAGCUCUGGUUUGUUCAUUUUUUUUUUUUUUUAAAGAAAAAAAAUCCAGAGCCGUAGAUAUACAGCAAGCAUGUAAUAUUGUAGCUGGUAUGCUGGACCUCCAGCAGGAAGAGGUCACGGGCGUCAACUGCGUUAAAUGCUAAGUCUAGGUCCGAAGUUAUUGGUUUCUUACUGAGAAUAUAACAUGUUACGCUUAUCCACUUUGUCACCUUAUGUACAUAUCAACUUCCGAAUUGAAAGGCUGAUAUUUUUUGUCAGUAUUUCUAUUUAAUGCAGGUGUUGGUUAUGUAUAAAUAUAUAUAAAGAUGAAUUUAUCUUUUCCCCUAUGUUUUAAUUUUCUUCCCUCAUUAUCAUCCAAAGAUUUACUUUGGCCUUAGAAAAAGAUUGGGGGGGGUUCUUAAAAACAAUAACACAUUUCUUGUACCCCUGUUAAAGAGAAUGGAUUAUAUUCCAGGGGUCAAUUACACAUCUGCUGUAUGCAGAAAAGGUUUUUUUUUUUUUUUUUUUUUGUAUAUAAUUUUGCCUUAUUGUCGGUUUAAUUACAUGUGCAUUUGUUUUUUGUAUGUUUAGUUUUUUAAUGUGUAUUUCCCUGUACAGACCUCUGCAAUAAUAACUACACUCUAGAUUUUAUUUUUAAGACUAGUUUACACGAAUGUCAGAUUUAUGUGACAGCAAAAAGAAAGUCCCUUUCACAUGAUAUCAGAGCAAAAGAGCUUUCAAUCUAUGGUCAGUUUUGAGUGUUGCAGAUGUUUAUAGUUUACAUGUAGUUGGUCGUAUCUAGUCUUUGUACCCCACCUGGAAAAAUGGAAGAAUGUUCUGGAAAUAUUUGCCUUACUGAAUGAUUUACCAUACCUGUCAAAGUGGUAGUGUUCCAGUACUAGUUUAAAUUUCCUUCAGUCUAAUCUUAAAGAGCAAUUUUUUUUUUUUUUUUUUUAAUUAUUUAAAGAAAUUGCUUAUUCCCAAGUGUGGGUGCGUAGAUUAAAAGUCCCCCCCGUCCCCCUCCCUUUUUAUUAGCUUCAGGAUCCCUCUUGCACUAUUAAGUUUAAAAGGCAUUUAACCUUCAGAUAGGAUUUCUUUGCAUAGUAGAGAAGAAAUUGGAGUAUGGCUGAAACGAUAGUCACAGCAGUUUUCUAAGUAAGGUGUUGACACUCUAGUUGUCACCUGCAGCCUCUUUAUUGCUCCGAUAGGACUCUGAACUCCUCGUCUCCAAAGGGUCCCUCUGCAAUACCUUGAAUCAUGUUCAAAGAAGUUUCCCUCCUCUGUACACAUAGCAAGCUGUACAUAACGUGUUUUACAUAGUGGUAAUGUGUUAUUUCAAUAAGUAAUUGAAUUUGUAACUGUUUAUAUAUGGGGAAUUGUGGAUGUAUCUUUUUGAUUUGUUGUUUAUAUGAUCGAUUUCUAACAAGCAUGUUGGCUUUUACCAAUAAAGAUAAAGGAAUGGCAAAAAAAACAAGACCAAAAAAAAACAAAUAGAAAAAAGUCAUUUGAAAAAUUGG